GGGCGACUAUUAAGUGGUCUUGCACUUAAUAUUGACUUUAGAACACGCGGCUAUAAAUUCGCAAACCAGUUUCUAGUUGCUUGUUUAUGAUUCUCCUAACAAUUUGGUACACUUGAGCCCAGUUUUAUAUGGCCUGGUCUUCUACAAGUGUCAUGUACCGCAUGCAAUAGCAUAUCAAAGACUGAAACUGAAGUCUUAACGGCCAUUUGAUUCCGGUUUGGAGACCUUGCAUUUUUUUUUCUUUCCUUUCCUCUGAGUGAUUGAUAUUUUCUCAUAACUUGACGCUAGCUGUCAAACGCUUGUCUUAACAUUUUUUUCUCACUGGCUUACCUCGACCAAACCUGCUUUUGGGGCGGGGAACUAAAUUGAGUGAAUGUAAUUAAUAAAUUGAUCACUUAAGAAAACAUGCACUAAGCUAAGGGAGCUGUCACAACUUGUAAAUCACGGUUUGGCACUCCAUGUCUGUUGUUUAGUUCUGCUUAGGUAUACCUGAGAAAUUUAUACACUUCCUUUUUGCCGUCCAGAUAUCGCAGGUACUCCGGUGGUAAUUAUUCAAAAAUCUGUCAUUUGUCAAAAGGGAGGUCAACUCAGCUUAUCGAUAGACAACAAAUAAUUUCAGUUCUACAGCAAACGGAAAGCCUCUUAAUUAUCCUUUGGUCUCUGGAUUUCAGGUGGGAAAGAAUAUUUUUGAUGUUUUGAAUUAAAAUCUACCUUACUGUUGAAAUGCUUGAAAAAACAUUAUUCCAUCUAUGACAUGUAUAUGACAUAUUUGUGAUGUAAUGAGUGGUCAGUAAUCUUCAAGCGUACAGUACGCGCUUUUGGUAGCUAUAGACAUUGGGAAAAGGAAGCUUAUAUACUAGAAAUCUAGUUAUCGAUCCCUUAUAGCAUACUUCGGAUAGAAAAUUACUACUUAAGGGUAAAUAUUUAUUGGAAGAUAUACGACCCAUUCAGCGCUAGCGAAGUUGAGUUUUGUUGUUGAAGGUACGCUGGGUUUAACAUUUACAUUUUGUUUGGUUUAAGGUACAGACAAAAUACACCUGAAAUGAGGAGUGUCGCAACAGCGGUUUUUAUAGCAUGGUGUCUGUCCAUAUGCCAUUACGGCUCGACAGAAAACUGUAACAUGGAGGAUUGGAGUAGGUCAUUUAGCCAGAAAGGUUUCACAAGUUGUUCAUCCAGAGAUGGUUAUUACUACAUCACCGGUUUUGAAAGGACUGAUGAUGACUCGCUCCUAGGACUCAAGAAAGCAAAGUGCUGUAGACGAAGCCAAACCUUUUGGAACGUUCCAACGCAGUGCCAAAUGCCAAACUGGAUAAACACGAUGGGAAAUCAAGGUGCGAGUCUUUGCCCUCCUGGAUUUUUCCUUCGAGGACUGUAUCGCGGUGCCAACCAUAAUAUUGGAAACAUCGAAUGGAGCAAGUGUUGUAAACCAUCUCAUCAUCCGUAUGAAUAUAAUGGAUGCUACAACGAGGACGUCAGUAACACUUUCAACAAGGCUGGCCUGAGUGAGUGCAAGCAACCGGGCCACUUCAUUGUUGGAUUUAGGACAACGUCAGGAGAUCACAAACUCUCUAAUAUUGUACAAUUUAAAUGUUGCAAAAUGGCUGAGGAAAUUCCAGCACUAACAAAUAUGAGAGAUCUAAAACAGCGCGUUAUGGACACCACCAUGGACUAUCUCGGUCAACUGGCUGGCAAUCUGGGAUAUGCCUGGGCUGGCGGAUGCUGGGCACAGUACACAGGUGAAGAUUUCCAGAGAAGUGGAGAGACGUGGGAAGCAAGCAACAGGGAUCCAUGUCCCGGAGAAGGACCAAAGAAAGAUGUUCGUUUAAAGAUCCAUUAUGGCAACUUCUCGUUUGGCAUGAAGGACGUCAUAUUUGGCAAGUCUGAGAUGCAGUCGUUUAGUCUGGAAGAUGAGAAGUUUCUGCAAAGUUACACCAAAAAAGCCAUCAAUGACAGAGACAGUCCUUAUUCGCCCAAGGUUGAGCUGGAAUUUCGAAGUGCUCGUACGCUGAAGAAUGUCAAGACCACCACAUGGGAUUCGAAGUUUGGCAUUGAGGUGGGUCUGGAGUAUGAGCCACCAAGUACGACGGGUGGAGUGGGAUUCUCAGCGAAAACAAAUUUUAAAUACGAAUGGGGUGGAGAUGAAGAAGAAUCAACGGCCGAUGAAGACUGGCACAUUAUCAACAUUAAAGAAGCCAAGGAGCUACCCAAGCGGUCUUUCUCAGAAUGGCGCGCUAUCAGGAAACCCCAAAAAAUUACAAUCCCGUACACAGCAAAGAUUCUGCCCAAAUUUUCGGUUAUUCUGGAGGGUUACAUGAGAUGGGGUGGGGGCUACGAUGGACAGUCUACCAACUUCCAUUCGAAGCAUCGAGGGUCAGGCGACCGUGUGGUCGUGAAGCACAACUUUGGCGAUGCACAGAAACCAUUUUACGAAGCCUUGAAAGAACAAAGUGAAGAAAACAUGCAUCCUUGGCAAUGGCACGCAAUGAGGCAGCGUUACCCAACAGCCAGGGAACUCAUUGAUAUCCUAACAAAUGAGGAUCUGUAUACGUUCACCAUGACAGGCCAGUUUGAAGAAACCACGGAGUACGAAGUGAAGUCCACAUGGAGUGCCUCUAAGCCCAUUGAACAGCUCCAGGAAGAUGUGGGACUUAAUGCAACGUUGACAUUGGUAGCAGACGAGAACAAGCCUCCAGAGUUUCCACGGAUCAAGCCUCCACCGCCUAAAGUAGAGACGAUCGACAACAGUAAGGAGAUGAAACCUCCACCUCCUCAGCCAGUUGGAUAAGGAGAUAAAGAACUCAGAAUAUGAUUUCAGAGUAUAGGACCACCCAAUGACAAAAAUACACAACACGAUUCGAAAACUACGAUAGACUGAUCAACUCCCUCAACAUCGCUCAGCACUAAUGUAUAUGCAAUAAUCGACUUGUCAUUAAGGGACUGAAAUUCUUCUGUUUACUUAUGAGUAAAGGUUACGAAUCCUGAAUUGGUGUAUCUGUGCAUCUGUGCAUGUUGCAUUCAAGUUAUUGGCAGCGUUGAACGUUCUUUCUUGCACGGUACGCAGUUCUUCGAGCAGAUGUUAAUUGAGCUGGUGCCGCAGACGUAAGACCAAAGAUAACAAAACAAAAUUGUUGUUUUUUCUUUGUUUAUUAUCGCAGCUAAAGAGCUGAGAGCACGUUCAGCUGCGAUUUGUGAAUUGUUUUAAGUGAAGGAAAAGUGUCAUUAGGAUAACAUUUUGAGAUCAUUUACAGCAAAGCUAAGAGUAAUUGACCUUGUAAAACUAUCUUCAAACUAAGGAAAUAAAAGCAAUUUUCAUGAUUAACGAAA